AUACUUCUGAUUCCCAACAGACAGUGCGACUAUCACCCAUAUGGUGAUUCUGAUGUCCUGCGAUCAUCAGAAUAGUGCUGUGAUUCACGCGUGUUUCAUGUUUGCACGAUGCUGUGUGACGUUGAAGCGCUCAGGAAAACUAUUUCACUGCAAUCUUAGGCCUUAGAUAGAGAGCAUGACUUCGUCCAUUACCCCACGUAAUAAACCCUCAUGAGGCAUUGCCUAGUGGUCAGGCACAGCACAGAAGCUCUUUGCUCGUUAUUAUUACUUCGUUAUAAUCUUCACCGUUGCGAUUUUCUAUUCAGAGACGAGAAACCCAUCCAUCGAAAUGGCCGGUGCUGCAGAGAAUGCCCGCUGGACAACAGACUGGUCCGCCCAAAAACUUCAUCCCAGCGAGCUUCAUGAUUUUGAAGAUCUCGUCGCUGACCUCUAUAAUUGGGUUGCCCUUUCACGACCGUAUGAAGCAGAAGUCAAACAUGGACUGGUUCAACACUCCCAGACUAUGACUCGAGGUAGGAAGUGUCAGACCAUCCUAUCAAGGCUCAAACUAAAGAGUGCAGACCGCUUGCAAACAUAUCAUGCUGCGAUACUGAGGUAUAUCAUCGUAGAGCUUGUGAUGUGCUGUGAAAAUAAUGAAGGCGGUACGAUUGGCAGCAAAUUGAAAAGGCUUGUGGAUCUCAUAGGCUAUCUGGUGAAUGAGGUACAUGCAAUCAGUGUUGAACUCAUAGACCAGGAAGUUGAUGCCAUCUGCUUGAAUGAUGAAGCAUAUCCAAGGCUCGUAGGAGAUCCGACUCCUGACAGUACACGGCGGGAAAUGUCUGCGUUUGGCAAUUUUCACGACUUCACGAUCAUGUUAUACACGAGGAAAUUCCUAGAGAGUCUGAUGCCGGCAGCCAAAGCCUUUGAUGCAUAUUUUGGGCCGCUUCCUGUCCAGGAAGAUGUGACCUUCUACGCCGUAACUGGCUGGCUCACACGUGCGCACGAGGAUAUCUACCAAGCCAGCUCGGAAUUCCAGGCUCAAUGGCCGGUGUGGUAUAAACUGGUCAGCGAAAAAACUGCAAUUUAUGGCAGGAACAAAGAUCAGCAUUCAAUGCGCCUUGCAAUCUCCGGUCGGGCGGCUCAAAAGAGGAUGGAGAUGAGCGACUUGAGGCUCGCAGCCUUUGAUAGAGCUAUUCGUGAAGGACUAAUUGAGGCCGCAGGAAACGUCGCCGCGUAAGCCGCUGAACAAGGAGACGCCGGAAGAACUGACUUGGGAGAAGAAGUAAUCAGAAGAAUUGAGUUCGCAAAUAUGACGAAGCGAUUCGACAAUACGGCAUCCAACAAAGCUCUCCGGUGGUUCGAACAGAAAUCAUGGAAGACUAGUACUUGCCAG